CGGGCCGCGCGCUCCCGGUCCCGUUGUUGUCGCCGCUGGAGGCAUCUCCGAAGCGGCGGGAUCUCAGCCCUGGUGAGCGCAAGGCGGCGGCCCCAGCGUGCGCGGCCGCGCCUUCUGGCCUCGGCUCCGGGCCUCAUGCUCUAGUCCGGCGCCGCGCGCUUCACAGUUCAGGUCCCGCCAGCCCCGCGCGCCCGCUCGCCGCCGCCGCCGCGCCGUCCCGGGCCCUAGGUGGGCCCGCCUCGGGCCCCGCGGCUCCGGAGCCAUGAACUUCCAGGCGGGCGGGGGCCAGAGUCCUCAGCAGCAGCAGAGCCUGGCGGCACCGGGGGGCGGCGGCGGCGGCGGCGGCGGAGCGGGGGGCGGCGGGCAGUUCGGCGGCGCGGGGCCCGGAGCCGGGGGUGGCGGCCCCUCGCAGCAGCUGGCCGGCGGACCCCCCCAGCAGUUCGCGCUCUCUAACUCGGCCGCUAUCCGGGCCGAGAUCCAGCGCUUCGAGUCGGUACACCCCAACAUCUACGCCAUCUACGAUCUGAUCGAGCGCAUCGAGGAUCUGGCGCUGCAGAACCAGAUCCGGGAGCACGUCAUCUCCAUCGAGGACUCAUUUGUGAACAGCCAGGAGUGGACCCUGAGCCGCUCUGUGCCGGAGCUGAAAGUGGGCAUAGUGGGGAACCUGUCUAGUGGGAAAUCAGCCUUGGUACACCGAUACCUGACAGGGACCUACGUCCAGGAAGAGUCCCCUGAAGGGGGACGAUUUAAAAAGGAGAUUGUGGUGGAUGGCCAGAGUUACCUGCUGCUGAUCAGAGAUGAAGGAGGCCCCCCUGAGCUACAGUUUGCUGCCUGGGUGGAUGCAGUGGUGUUUGUGUUCAGCCUGGAGGAUGAAAUCAGCUUCCAGACGGUGUACAACUACUUCCUGCGCCUCUGCAGCUUCCGAAAUGCCAGCGAGGUGCCCAUGGUGCUGGUGGGCACACAGGAUGCCAUCAGUGCCGCCAAUCCCCGGGUCAUUGAUGACAGCAGGGCCCGCAAGCUGUCCACAGACCUGAAGCGCUGCACCUACUAUGAAACAUGUGCAACCUAUGGGCUCAAUGUGGAACGAGUCUUCCAGGAUGUGGCCCAGAAAGUGGUAGCCUUGAGGAAGAAGCAGCAGCUGGCCAUUGGGCCCUGCAAGUCCCUGCCCAACUCACCCAGCCACUCGGCCGUGUCUGCUGCCUCCAUCCCGGCUGUACACAUCAAUCAGGCCACGAAUGGCGGCAGCAGCGCCUUCAGUGACUACUCGUCCUCAGUCCCCUCCACCCCCAGCAUCAGCCAGCGGGAGUUGCGCAUCGAGACCAUCGCUGCCUCCUCCACCCCCACGCCCAUCCGCAAGCAGUCCAAGAGGCGCUCCAACAUCUUCACGUCUCGAAAAGGUGCUGACCUGGACCGGGAGAAGAAGGCUGCUGAGUGCAAAGUGGACAGCAUCGGCAGCGGCCGGGCCAUCCCCAUUAAGCAGGGGAUCCUGCUAAAAAGGAGUGGGAAGUCCUUGAACAAGGAGUGGAAGAAGAAGUAUGUGACACUCUGUGACAACGGGUUGCUUACUUACCAUCCCAGCCUGCACGAUUACAUGCAGAACAUCCAUGGCAAGGAGAUUGACCUUCUGCGGACAACAGUGAAAGUGCCAGGGAAGCGUCUGCCCCGAGCCACACCUACCCCAGCCCCAGGCACCAGUCCCCGUGCCAAUGGGUUGGCCAUGGAGCGGAGUAACACACAGCUGGGCGGGGGCACAGGUGCCCCCCACUCGGCCAGCAGCGCAUCCCUGCAUUCUGAUCACCCCCACAGCAGCUCAGCCUGGGCUGGCGUGUGCCCCCAGCGCUCCUGUUCCGUGUCCAGUGCUGACCAGUGGAGUGAGGCAGCUGCCCUGCCCCCCAGCAUGCAGCACCCUGAGGCAGAGGAGUCCUUUGAGUUUGUAGUGGUGUCCCUCACUGGUCAGACCUGGCACUUCGAGGCCUCAACGGCAGAAGAACGAGAACUGUGGGUGCAGAGCGUGCAGGCCCAAAUCCUUGCCAGCCUACAGGGCUGUCGCAGCGCCAAGGACAAGACUCGGCUGGGGAACCAGAACACGGCUCUGGCUGUGCAGGCUGUCCGCACGGUCCGUGGCAACAGCUUCUGUAUUGACUGUGAAGCCCCUAAUCCAGACUGGGCCAGCCUGAAUCUGGGCGCUCUGAUGUGUAUCGAGUGCUCAGGGAUCCACCGACACCUGGGGGCUCACCUGUCCCGGGUCCGCUCCUUGGACCUUGAUGACUGGCCGCCUGAACUUCUAGCUGUCAUGACUGCAAUGGGCAAUGCCUUGGCUAACAGUGUCUGGGAGGGCGCUCUGAAUGGCUACUCGAAGCCAGGCCCUGAAGCCUGCAGAGAGGAGAAGGAGCGCUGGAUCCGGGCCAAGUAUGAACAGAAGCUCUUCUUGGCCCCACUGCCAAGCUCAGACGUGCCGCUGGGGCAGCAGCUACUCCGGGCUGUGGUGGAGGAUGACUUGCGGCUGCUGGUGAUGCUGCUGGCCCAUGGGUCCAAGGAGGAAGUGAAUGAGACGUACGGGGAUGGGGACGGGAGGACAGCCCUGCACCUGUCCAGUGCCAUGGCCAAUGUGGUCUUUACACAGCUGCUCAUAUGGUACGGGGUGGACGUGAGGAGCUGUGACGCCAGGGGUCUGACCCCACUGGCCUAUGCCCGCCGGGCUGGCAGCCAGGAGUGUGCGGACAUCUUGAUCCAACAUGGGUGCCCUGGUGAGGGCUGUGCGUUAGCACCCACUUCCAGCAGAGAGCCUGCCAAUGGUACGAAUGCCUCCACAGAGCUGCACCGCAGCCCAAGUCUCCUGUGAAGCUCAGGAAGAGGGCAGACGGACCAGAAGGACUCUGCGGCUGGAGGAAGCAGCCAGAAAGGCACAGUGAAGAGGAGAGGGAGGGCCCGGGCUGGAGGAGAGGUCAGAGGCUGGAGCUGCUGCACAGCAGGAGUGCGCUGUGCAGCCCUCUGCCCUACGGUGCCAGUAAGGGACAGAACCCUUUGGAGGUGCCUGUGAGGAGAGGGGGGCAGGACCUCUCCCUCCUCCAGAACCCUGCCUCCUCAUGACAGCUCCCACAAACCUUCACCCUUCAGUGGGUGGGGGAGGACAGGACACGGAAUGGGGGUGCCAGAUGAGAGACAAGGGGACCAAUCUGUGAGUCCCAUGUAAAGUUUGUACAUUGGCGUAUUUAUGUUUGUGUAUAUACGUGGUGUGUGUGUGAUGAGUCAAUAAACCAGGCUGUAUGUGUGGC